AUGCCGAUUCGGAAUAAUCUUUCGUCAGCCUCCAGUGCGACUCGCGCACUCCGGUCCGCCCUCCCUCGGACCGCGCUUACUCGGCCCGUCCCAAUACAAAACCUCGCCCGCGCGCCUGUCAAUUACUCGCAGCCGCACAUCCUCCGCACCCUCCAGCACGUUAGGUUGCAGACCACCGUCGCCGAACCAACACCAACACCACAACCAAACGACCAAACCCCACCACCCCCGCGCGCCCCCCGCUCCCGGCCCAUCCGCAUCCUGCGCGCCGUCCUCCUCGCCGCCUUCUCCUUCACCCUAGGCGCCACCAUGUCCGCCGCCCCCGCCCUCAGCGUCGCCGACGACCUGCUCUCGCCGCCCUCGGACGCCGAGACGCUGCAGCUCUGGCAGCCCGCCCCUGGCACGCGCGCCGCCGAGAUCGAAGCCCAGCUGCAGUCGCACCCGGGCGUCGCGGCCCUGCGCGCCGACGAGUCCCUCGUCGAGUCGCGCCCGCACAUGCGCAUCCCGAACGCGCUGAGGCACAACAAUUUGACCGCCGGGACUUUGCUGGGCGACGAGGAGCUGGUCGUGCCGGCGCUGGCGUUCAGCGCGCCCGAUGGCAGUAGGAUGAUCAGCGUGCAUUAUGUGGGGCCGGCGUUGUGUGGGCACCCCGGCGUCGUGCAUGGCGGGUUGCUGGCGACGUUGUUGGAUGAGGGGUUGGCGCGGUGCUGCUUCCCGGCGCUGCCGAAUAAGAUCGGCAUGACGGCCAGCUUGACGAUUAACUACAAGGCGCCGUGCAAGGCGGGCCAGUUCAUCGUGUUGAGGGCGGAGACGACGAAGGUUGAGGGCCGCAAGGCGUGGGUGAAGGGAAGGUUGGAGACGUUGGUGGAUGAGGAGGCGGGCGAGAAGCCGUUGGUGCUGGAUGAGGCGGAGGCGCUGUUUAUUGAGCCGAGGCAGGCGGCGUCCAUGGCCAAGCUCUACAACCCGAACCCUUAG